AUGGAUCAACAACUCGAUCACGGUGGUUCGCGAUCAUCGACCACUAUAGACGAUGAUCUCGAGAACGCUUCAAAAUUCGGAGAGCCCGCCAUCAAAGUAGAAGCAGAGAUCGUCGACCCCUUCUUGGUUCAGUUCGACGAGGGAGAAGCAGCAAACCCUUUCAACUGGAGUCGGUUGAAACGCUGGUAUCUUACCUUGGCCAGUGGUCUCCUCGUUCUGAAUGCUACCUUCGCAAGUUCAGCGCCCUCUGGUAUUGUCCCCCAGCUGAUGGAGGAAUUCCAUCUUGGAGAGACAGUGGGCAUAUUGACAAUAUCUCUAUUCGUCGCCGGCUAUUGCGUGGGCCCGCUCCUAUGGGGACCCCUCAGCGAGCAAUACGGACGGCGACCUAUUUUCGUUUGGCCAUUCCUCGCGUACACAGGAUUUCAAGUCGGCUCUGCUCUAUCCAAGAAUACAGCAUCGGUGCUUAUCUUCCGUUUCCUUGGUGGCUUCUUCGCUGCUGCCCCUCUCACAAAUUCCGGGGCCCUUAUUUCUGACGUCUGGGAUGCGGAGACGCGGGGAAAAGCCUUGGCAAUAUUCACAGUCGCUCCGUUUAGUGGUCCCGCGUUAGGACCAACGGUUGCUGGAUUUCUUGCCGUUGCAGGGGUAUCAUGGCGAUGGGUGUUCUGGAUCCUCACUAUCUUUGCUGGGCUAUGCUGGCUCCUCAUCUUUUUCACCAUUCCAGAAACUUAUCGGCCCGUCCUUCUCGUGGCGAAGGCAAAACGGCUGCGUAAGGAGACUGGCGAUGAGCGUUACUAUGCUCCGUUGGAAAGAGUCAAGCGCACUGCUGUGCAAAGCCUGGAACAUACACUGGCCAGGCCGUUCAAGAUGCUCUUCACAGAGCCUAUGCUGAUCGCGAUGACCGCGUACAUGAGUUUCGUCUAUGGUUGUUUAUACCUUCUGUUCGAAGCGUACCCAGUUGUCUACACUGAAGGACAUGGAUUCAACCUCGGCAUAUCCGGCCUCAUGUUCCUGAGUGUGCCCAUCGGAGGCUGCACCGCUGUGACACUUUAUGUCUUGAUAUUUGCACCCCGUUAUCGAAGGAAAGCUCUGGAGCUGGCGCCUGCACCCGUACCGCCAGAAUUUCGGUUAGAGAUGUCGUUAAUUGCCGCGCCACUCUAUGCAAUCUCUUUCUUCUGGUUUGCGUGGACCUCAGAUCCUAGUAUUUCUUACUGGGCACCUCUUAUGUCCGGCGUUCUUAUGGGCUUUUCCAUCAGUUGGCUCUUCCUCCCCCUCUUCACGUAUAUCAUUGAUGCCUAUAUUAUGGCCGCCGCGUCUGCCCUUGCCAGCAACACCGUUGUUCGAAGUUUAGCCGGUGCCGGCUUUCCACUUUUCGCCGGCGAAAUGUACAAGGCGUUAGGCCCCCAAUGGGCCUCAUCGCUCUUAGGUUUCGUCGCUGUGGCGAUGAUGCCUAUACCUUUCGUUCUCAUGAAAUAUGGACCGUAUCUGAGAAAAAAGUCGAAGUACGCUCCCACAUAA